AUGAUCUUCUUUUUCAAGCAAAUAAGAGACAUAUUUGCGCAGUCACACACGACGUCUCAGCAGGUACGGUUGUCUCGAAGGGCGUUCUUCCAGUUGUUAGGGUACCUUGGCAGUUGUGUAGUGAUCUCGCUGAUUGCGCAGUCCAAGUACAUUGAGUGA